AUGUCCAUUCAUUUUUUGGCCUCCUUGUAAUUUUUCCUUUUUUUGUGGCCAGUAUUUAUUUAUGGAGAACAUAGAUAUUUUAUAAGGCAAACCGUUAAAGACAAAUACUCCAAUUAACGACUCUGUCUUUGCUAUGGCAACUUUUAUUUCUUUUGCUUCCAUCAGAAUUCCCAAUCUCCAGUCCGGUGACCGGCGUUCCAUUUUCCGGACAAAUGGUAGUCAGAAAAUAGUUAAGUUGUCCCUAUGCAACGUUGAAAACUCGACAAGUAACUCAUCAAACAAUACUAGUACUAGCACUAGUAGCCAAGAUUCCGAGUCUGAAAAUUUGCUGCUCAAAAUGGCUUGGUAUGGUUCUGAAUUCCUCGGGAUUGCUGCAUCUUUUUUCCGUUCUCCGACGAGUACUGAAGCUCCUUCAGAGGGGAAUUUGGAACUUGCUGCUGAUGGGUCUGGACUUGUUGAUCGUGCCCUUGUCGUUGAUACCAUUAAAGAUGACUUCCAAAGAUCCUACUUUGUUACAGGAAACCUGACCCUUAAUGCAUAUGAAGAGAAGUGUGAAUUUGCGGAUCCAGCAGGUUCUUUCAAAGGGCUUAGUCGGUUUAAAAGGAACUGUACUAAUUUUGGUUACCUUGUUGAAACAUCAAAUAUGAAACUCAUGAAGUGGGAGGACUUUGAGGACAAGGCAAUUGGUCAUUGGCGUUUCAGUUGCAUACUGUCAUUUCCAUGGAAGCCCAUUCUUUCAGCAACUGGUUAUACAGAAUACUAUUUCAAUGAGAAAUCUGGAAAAGUAUGCAGGCAUAUAGAGCAUUGGAAUGUCCCAAAGAUGGCUCUUCUGAAGCAAAUAAUAAGGCCUAGUAGGGGGAAAAAAGCCAGUGGAUGAAGUAAUAUCGCUAAUGAUCCCUGUGAACUACAAACCUCUUAUUGCUCAAAAGCAACAUGAACAAGAAUAUAGACCUUAUCAAUACACUGGAUUUAAAGGGGAAGAAGGUUUUUUUUUAUGUGAAUGGUGUCGAAAAAGAAUGAAGGAUGAGAAGAAAAGACACUAGCGCAUUAAGGUCAAUACUCUUAUUCAAAGUGUAGCAACUGAGAAGUCUCCCUUCGUAAUCGUGUGUGGGGUGUUUCUCUAAAGAAGAUAUUACAGUUGGUUACACAUGUUGAAUGAACUCUUUAGGUACAUAUUGAAUACAGAGUGUUGGUAAGUAUUAUAUGAAACAAAUAUGAAUAGCUUUCUGUUGUGUAUUUAUGAUAUUUAGGCCUGUUCGACAGAUUCAUACAUGAGAUUGUACUGGUUUCAUGAGGAAAAUAGAGAGAAGUAGAUGUGUUCUCUCUUAUACUCCGAAUCUCGUCAUUCUUUUUAUUUUCCAAGACGUAGUACAGUGAUGUUUUCACUCACUAUAAGUUUAUAUGAAGUAAGAUCUUGCAUUCUUUCAUGUAUUUCCCUCUUUCAAUGUAUAUCAAGAUUAAAGCUCA